AUGAACGGCCCAGAUCUAGCCAUCCCCAACCAGCAUUUAGGCACGCCGGGCACUCCACCCCGCAGGUCCCGCACAAGCUCCCCCGUAGUCCGAAACCGAAAGUUCCGCAGCCAAUCCGUCGACCAAAAAGCUUCCCGAGACUCAAGCCCCGCUCUUCGACGCGUGGCUGAUACGCGAAUAGGGCGACGGGACGUGAGUCCUGCUGGGAGUCGCGUGGCGAACGGGGUGAGAAUUCCGGGGAGCCCGACCCCGUUCAAGAAAUCGGGAAGGCUUACGAAGUAUAGUCAUACGUAUGUUGUGCAUACGACGAUACGGGCGUCGCCGUUGUCCAAAGAGAGUCCCGAACAGAACUUUCGCGGAUUUUACAACCUCGCCAUGCUCCUCCUCGCGGUGUCCAACAUCCGCCUUAUGGUGGAAAACUACAUGAAAUACGGACUCCUGCUCUCGCUGCCGUUCUCGUCCUUCCGAGCUGUCGAUUUCAAAUGGACUGUCAUCAGCCAUGCUGUGCAGCUGAUGACCAUUCUCGUCGCAUACACGCUGCAAAUCCUGGCCCACUCCGAGAUGCGCAAGGGAGCAACUUCGAGCUAUAUCACUAUGUGCAAUGUGAUCAACAUCGCGGCCGCGAUCGGGAUCCCUACAUUUCUUUCAUGGUCCUACAUCUGGCAUCCAGCCUUAUCAGCCCUAAACCUAAUCGGCGCAACAAUCCUCACCCUAAAACUAAUAUCCUACGUCCUAGUCAACAGCGACCUCCGAUCCGAGAGUUUCUAUAAAGUUGCGCCCGCCCGCCGCCACGAGCCGACAUCCCAGGACGCGUCGCUGGCGGCGGAGGAAGAGAAACGGUUUGAUGUCGAUCAGACGCCAUACCCGACGAAUCUGACGUUGGGGAAUCUGCUGUAUUUUGUUUUUUGUCCUACACUGUGCUACCAAACAGCCUACCCCCUAACCCCCGCAUUCCGCCCCACCUUCUUCGCCAAACGCCUCCUCGAAUUCAUCACGGGCCUAGCAGCACUCUACCUCCUCGGCGGGCAAUACGCCGCGCCCACCCUGCAAAACAGUCUAAAAGCCCUGGACGACCUCGACCUGAUCCACCUCUUUGAACGCGUCCUGAAACUGAGCAUCGUCAGCGUUGUCAUGUGGCUGUUGAUGUUCUAUGUGGUGUUCCAGUGCGGGUUGAACAUGGUGGCGGAGGUGUGUCGGUUUGGGGAUCGGAGGUUUUAUCUUGCUUGGUGGAACGCAAAAGACAUAGCAGAAUACUGGCGGCUCUGGAACACCCCGGUACACUACUGGGGCAAACGACACGUGUACCUCCCCCUCAUCGUCAAGUACAAACUGUCGCCCGUGGUCGCGUCCAUUGCCGUGUUUGUUAUUUCUGCGGCGUUGCAUGAACUGUUGGUGGGUGUGCCGACUAGGGCGUUGAAUGGGUGGGCUUUUGGGGCAAUGAUGCUCCAACUCCCCCUAAUCCUGCAAACAAAAGCCCUCGAACCGCUCCGGAAAAAGAACGAGGUGUUGUUUGACACGGUGGGGAACUACAUGUUUUGGAUCUCGUUUACGAUCAUUGGCCAGCCGACGUGUAUCCUGAUCUACUAUAGUCAUUGGUAUAAACGCAACUACCUCUCCAACGCAUCGGGGGUGGUUGACCAGCCACAACCGCAGUAG